AUGCUAGCAUGGCAUUCACCUUCUAAUCCGCUGGGCUCGCAGCACUCGGUUGAAGAGUACCUUGAUGCAGCAGUAUCGUCUCUGCCAGCCGAGUACUCUCUUAAGGGCUUUAUAUACAUAGAGACAGAUAGGAGAUCAUCACUUAGACCGCAUGAUUGGACUCCUGUUUUUGAGGAGAUAUCAUUCAUCUCGCGCAUAGCGUGCGGGACUCCGGUUGAAGGAGAAGGACAUGUCUCGUCAGACAAGGAAUUAUGUCUCGCCAUUAUCCCUUGGGCGCCUGUUCCGCUAGGACCAGAAGGACUGGGGCUAUACAUGGCCAAUAUACAAGAAAGGACAAAAAACAACGGAGGAAGUGCGUGGGAAAAGAUCAAGGGAGUGAGAUAUCUGCUCCAAGACAAACCAAGCGGCACCAUGUUGGAGGACGGCUUUAUUCAGAGCCUACGAUGGCUGGGGCAACGAGGACUGACAUUUGAUCUCGGAGUCGAUGCUAGGAGUGGUGGACUUCAUCAGCUUGAAGAAACCGUGCAGCUAGCGGGGAAAUUAUAUCAAUACGGCAGCCAGGUGAAGUUGAUACUAAAAUUCAUCGAGUGGAAAAGGCAUAUCACUUCUCUUUCAGCUUAUCCUAGCAUCUACAUGAAGCUCUCCGGUCUCUUUUCUGAACUUCUGCCUCUGCCUGCAGAAGAGGAGGGGCAAGGCGAUACAUUCCAGGUAUCGGCUACCAUAAAUGCCAUACAACCAUGGACGGACGUCAUAUUCGACACCUUUGGCGCUGCAAGAAUCAUGUUCGGAAGUGACUGGCCGGUCUGUAAUAUCGGAGGUGGCGGAAACUUGGUUGCCUGGAGGAGGUGGAUGAGAGUGGUCGAGCUGCUGCUAGAGAAGCGAGGGCUCAGUGACGACGAUAAGAAUAACAUCUGGCAUCUAACUGCUUGGAGGGCAUACAGUAUCUCCCCAUCUUGA